UAGCUCGCCCCGCGAUUGGCUUGGUCUUAUCCAAGAUGGCUGCCCACUGCUGAGGGAGAACGCGGUUAUUUCAUGUCAACAUGUCAGUCCUCAGAGUCUGUGCCUUAGCUCAAAGUCUCAGUCGCCGCAGUUUGUUGGAGAAGUGCACACUUCGCGGGUAUUCUGCGGACUGUUGUCGGCUGUGUGCGUCAUUGAGAAGCGGCGCAGUCAGACGAAUCUCAGAGACACCUCUCCAGCUUCAGAGAAGAAAUGUGUCGUUUGUUAUCCCAAAGACAGAAGCUGCAAAAAAGCGUGUGUUGGAACAGUCUCAACUGUUUGACGUGCUUGAGGCCAGGAUCCAGCAACUCCAGACCGACAUUGUUCUCGACAUCCAACAUGCUGAGGUGCAAGUUGUUAAAGCCGGCUCCUCUGGAAGAGGGGUUUCAUCUAGUUGGGGUCCCAAAAGCACGUCUAAGGAGAAGAUUGUCAUUCCUAAAUCAGGAGCUAAAGGAACUUCUAAACCUCAGCAAAGCCGCUGGAUUGAAAAGUUAGCUCUGGAGAAAAAAGAAAAACUUAAAAUACAGCAGGGAGUUAAGCAAACCGAUAAGAGGAAACCAACCGCCAAAUCAAAAGGGAGCAAAAGCAGCUCCCAGAUCCUACCAGGCACAUCACAUAAAACUAUAUCUACCACAGCUAAAAAGACCAUACCUGCGAUUAAGACAAACAGAGGAUGCACAAAAGUAUCAGAUAAAAUUCAUGCUGCGGUUUAUUCAAAAGCCACUUCCACUGCAGCCACAGCACAUAAUGUUUCUAAAGGGAAGUGGAAGGACUCUAAAAAUCAGCAUCAUGGGGAAAAGGAGCAAAAUCGGACUGAUUAUGCUCAGAGCAAAGCUACGGAGCUGGCUGAGGUGGAAAAGUUGGAGAGGAGGCUCAGUCAACAGGCGAACCAGUCGAAGUCCUCUAGUGUUCCAGAGCGCCCACAGGUGGACAGUGAAGAGCGUGCAAGUGGGGACAUGCAGAUGAGCAUCCGCUCCUACCUGGAGGCGUGUGUGUUUGCGGGGGACAUUGAGAGAGCAAACCAUUUCCUGCUCAGCCAGCACAGAGUAAUACGUCGACGGAAACUUCUGAACACGGAUAUUUACAACAUCCUGAUGAGGGUGUGGGCUAAGAAGUGCUUAUUACAUCAGAUCGGUCGCAUAUUUAUUCUGUUAGAGGAGGCUGGUCUUAAGCCAAACCUGGGAUCCUACUGUGCUGCCCUGGAGUGUAUGGGCCGCAGUCCCAGCUGCACCCCAAAAGUCGUCACGAGGUGCCUGAAUCAGAUGCAGCAGGACGGUCUGUCUGUGGAUGAUGUGUUCAGCCAGUGUGUGUUUCGACAAGAUGAGAAAGACAUGGUGCUGAAGGCCAUGCGCAUGAUCCAGCCCGACUACCAACCCUGCCUCAAGCUGACGACAAACGAGGGCUAUACAUCAUUGGUUCAGGACUUUUACACACAGAGAAUAGACCACCACUACCCCAAACUGGACUUCACUCAGGAGGAGCUCCACAAGGGUUUCAAACGUCAGCUCCAUGUGGAGCAGGCCUGCACUGCCACCAUCCCCUCAGUGGAGGCUGACAAGCCUGUCACUGAAAACAUGGCCAAAAUGAGGGCGCUGCUGGCCGAGCAGCGGGCUCAAUGGCAGAAGAGCCUCCUCCAGGCCCUGAGGGAGACCAAGAUGAUCCUGGCCAGCACAAACACCAAGGACUACAGGCUCAACCUUUAUCCCUACCUCUGUCUGCUGGAGGAUCGAGAGUAUGUUGACAUCAUGAUACAGAGUGUUGCCAACCUGCCUCCCAGUGGAGAUUCGCUGAAGAUUUUAGCCGGAGAUCUGGGCAACAGGGUCUAUACCAAGUAUUCUGUGCGACAGAAACAGCAGAAUCAGAUGGUGGAGAAGCUGGGCAAAAUCUACUGCAGUUACACGGAGCUGCUGGCCAAAGAUACCAAGGAGUAUGACGUCCUUCCCAGGGAGCAGUGGUGUAACCUGGAGAUGGAGCUGACUUCAGGACCCAUGUUGCAGGGGGGCGAGACAAGCUGGCCGUACAUAGUGACUCUGGAGCUGGGCACAUGCUUGGUGGAUAUGAUGGUGAAGAACCUUAAAAUUAAUAGUGACAUCCUGAACCCAGCCCAAGAAAGGAAGCACAUCCCCGUCCUCUACCACAUGUACACCUUCCGCAGCAUCCGACAGAUCGGUUUCAUCAAGCUCCACCCCAUCCUGUCUCAGAUGCAACAGGAAGCCAUGGAGACCGAGCUGACCUUUGACUCAUGCGUGAUGCCGAUGCUGUGCCCUCCUGUGCCCUGGACUUCUGUGAAGUUUGGAGCCUACCUGCUGACACCGGCUAAGCUGAUGCGCACAGUGGACGGGGCCGUCCAACACGAGGUGUUGCUGGAGAAAUGCCAGAACCUCCACGCAGUCCUGGACUCUCUCAACCAGCUGGGCAGCUGUGCCUGGAGGAUCAACAAACCUCUGUUGGAUAUAAUUAUCUCCAUCUUCAAUGACCGGGGAAAUGAUAAGCUAGACAUCCCUCCUCCACUAUCGGAGGCCCCCAAAUUACCCCACUUCAAUCCUCAAGAUCCCAAUCACACAGCUUCUGAGAAGGCCCAUAUGAGAAGAGAGGUGGUCAUGGCCAAAAAGAAAUACAGUGAGAUGCACAGCCUGCGUAUGGAUGCCCUCUAUAAACUCUCCAUCGCCAACCACAUGCGGGAUGAGACUUUCUGGUUCCCUCACAACAUGGACUUCAGGGGUCGUACCUACCCCUGUCCUCCAUACUUUAAUCACCUAGGGAGUGAUGUGACUCGGGCCAUCCUUUUGUUUGCGGAGGGGAAGCCCCUCGGUCCCAAGGGCCUUGACUGGCUAAAGAUCCACUUUGUCAAUCUGACAGGGUUAAAGAAGAGGAGCUCACUACAGGGACGGCUGGAGUACGCCAACACAAUCAUGGAGGACAUACUGGACUCUGCCGACAACCCUCUCAAUGGUAAGAAGUGGUGGAUGAAUGCGGAUGAGCCUUGGCAGGCUCUGGCAUGCUGCAUGGAAAUAGCCACGGCUGUGAGAUCUCCCGAUCCAACACAGUUCAUCUCCAACUUUCCUGUUCAUCAGGACGGCUCCUGUAAUGGGCUCCAGCACUACGCCGCUUUAGGCAGGGAUGUGAUUGGUGCCACCUCAGUCAACCUCUUGCCCUGUGACGUGCCCCAGGAUGUGUACAGCGGAGUAGCACAGCAGGUGGAGGAGUUCCGAGCUGAGGAUGCAGAGAGUGGCGUGAAGAUCGCCAAGGUCCUGGAGGGCUUCAUCAGCAGGAAGGUGGUCAAACAGACGGUGAUGACUGUGGUGUACGGGGUGACACGUUACGGGGGACGCCUCCAGAUAGAGAAGAGACUGAAGGAGAUUGAUGAGUUCCCCAAGGAGCAUGUCUGGGAUGCGUCCCAUUACCUGGUACGACUGGUGUUCACUGGCCUAAAAGAGAUGUUUACAGGGACCAGAGAGAUCCAGGAUUGGCUGACAGAGAGCGCCAGGCUCAUCUCCAAGUCUGGCCACACUGUGGAGUGGGUGACACCCCUGGGUUUACCCAUCAUUCAGCCUUACCAUCGCACACGCAACCAAAUGAUGAAGAGUAUCAUGCAACAUAUCAACCUCAAAAUCAACCAUGACAUCAAAGAGCGGCCGGACACGGUCAAACAGAAGAACGCCUUCCCGCCAAACUUCAUCCACUCCCUGGACUCCACCCACAUGAUGCUGACUUCUCUCCACUGCUACAGCGCUGGUCUGACAUUCGUCUCGGUUCACGACUGUUUCUGGACCCACGCCCUCACCGUGGACACCAUGAACAAGGUCUGUAGGGAGCAGUUUGUCGCCCUGCACAGCCAGCCAAUCCUGGAGGACCUGUCCAACUUCCUGCUACAGAAAUACUGCAAUCGGCUCCAGACUGAGGCCAAGAACAAGAAGUACCAGGAGUACAGGAGGCUGCUGCUGCUUCUGGCCAAAGUGCCCCAGACAGGUGAUUUUGACCUCGAGCAGGUGAAAGAAUCCACUUAUUUCUUCAGCUGAGUGACCGGUGAGGGCGAGUCAGCGGAGGGAGAGGAAUGGAAUUGACAGAGAGCAGCAGGAGUGGGCUGCAGGCUCCGGGGUCUCAACUGGUUUUGGCUCCCUCAGACAUCAGCGCAUUGAUUGAGCCGCGCCCCGGCCCGCCUCCUGGUCCUCGGGCUGGUUGGAGCUGACAGAGCCGCUGGAGGCCUUCACACUCAGUGAACCUGCCUGAUUAAGUGACUGGUGGGUUGAUGGGAGGGAGGGUGCGACACACACUCGUCCAGAUGAGGGAAUCAGCUCUGGAUGAGAAUGUUAAGACUUCAAUCAGUGUAAAGUACCUCUUACAAUGGACGCUUAGGUCAUAUUCAGGUGUGUGGAGAGAGAUCGUGUGUAUGUGAGAGUCUCACAGACUGAAUCACAUGUGAACUGUGUUAAUUUUAAGCCGUGUGUGUGUGUGUGUGUGUGUGUGUGUGUGUGUGUGUGUGUGUGUGUGUGUGUGUGUGUGUGUGUGUGUGUGUGUGUGUGUGUGUGUGUGUGUGUGUGUGUGUGUGUGUGUGUGUGUGUGUGUGUGUGUGUGUGUGUGUGUGCGUGUCCUGCUGGGAUGACCGCAGAGCGCUGACCCGCCUCUGCUACAAUCCCACCCAAUCAUCGAUCCCAUCACUUACAGGCUGUCAGGAUGCUUUCUGACACGAUGCUCAUUCAUUAGAACUUUUUCUGAAGAAGUUUGAAGAGGAAAUGACUGAUGGACACUGAGAGAAGCAGAAAUGUGGAGGGAUGAGUUGUGGGGCUUUUCCACGACAUCGGGUCCCAGCAUACUCUUGAUUUUUACCUUCUUGCAGCGACUAAGCACUUCUCAGUUGCCUAAAAAUAAAGAUAAAAUGUGUUUCUUAAAA